AUGGACGACGAUGUAGAUUUGCGAGAAAGGUUAUUUCACAAUUUGGUGCGCGAAUAUGUCAUCAGUCUGCUCCUUUCCCUGAUGCUUUGCGUCAUCUCGUACAUCAUACUUUGUGCGUUCAAGAGGCGACCAGACAGGGAUGAGUAUUCGGUUGCCUCGGAAGAUGCCGUCGUUUACAGGGUCACCUUGCUAUCCUGCACCUUCACGUUGGCUGUCUCCAUUGGGGCUGUCAUGCUCCUGCCACUGUCCAUCGUCGCCAAUGAAGCCAUCCUACGUUUCCCCAACAGCUACUACUUACAAUGGGUCAACCUGUCCCUAAUACAUGGUCUCUGGAAUACUAUUUUCAUAUCCUCCAAUCUUUCGUUAUUUGUGUUCAUGCCAUUUGCUUAUUUCUUUACUGAGUCUGAAGGACUGCCUGGGUCCAGAAGGGGAAUAAUGCCCAGAGUUUAUGAAACCGCAUUGGUGUUUGUUCUCUUCUGCGUGGCCGUAUGUGGAUUGGUCUGGGUAGUACUGGCACUGACGUCUGGUGAUAAUAACAAGUUUAUGUUUGAGAUCUUCCUAGAUGUGAAAAACUUCUACCUGCUCUACUUAUACUCCUGUGUGUCGUUCAUAGGUGUGGCCAUGUUACUCAUCUUUACCCCCAUCGGUUUCAUUCGGUUGUUUACUGUCAUCGGGGAGCUCAUCACAAACCCCGACAACCUUCAAACUAAUUUUGAAGGCGACAUAAUGAAAUGCAUAUUGGAGGAAGCAACAGAGGCUCGAAGACUCGAGGCUUACCUCAAACAAAAUGGCUGGAGCGAACUGUCAACCUACCCUCUGCGAUCCGCAACAUCAAUCACAACAUUGUUGGCAACACCUGAGACGCAACAUCAACAUACCCCUACUAGCGCUAGCAACAAAAUCAAUACAGUUAAAACAUCUAACAUGUAUGCAGCUCGUUGCCUGGAGUUGGAGAAGCAGAGACGACGCAUGCUUUUUAGGAGGAAGUUUGUCUACCCGCUAUCCAUGCUGGCUCUCUUGAUAUUAAUGUCCAUAUCCCUCCUGAUGGUCUCACUUAACAUUGCCGAGUUGCUGAUUACAGGUAAGGUGUUCAGAGGAAAGGAUGAUUCGUCGGUUGUGUUGGGGGUGAACUCCAUCUCCAUGCUGGGUCCGGUGGGGGCUGCGGUGGAGAUUGUUGUCAUCUUCUACCUCAUGACCACAUCCAUUGUUGGCGUUUACAGUCUGCCUGGCUUCAAAAGGUUGUACCCGAAGAGGCAGGACACGCCAAUGACGAUCAUCAUCGCCAACUGCGUCAUCAUUCUCGUCCUUAGCUCAGCUCUUCCCGUUCUCUCGCGAACGUUGGGCAUUUCAAAUUUUGAUCUGCUCGGAAACUUCGGGCAGUUGGAGUGGCUGGAAAGUUCCUACACGAUCCUCAUCUACAACAUCAUCUUCGUCAUCCUCACCGCCAUAUGCCUCACCAGGCGCCUGACCAUCUCCAUGAUGAAGAUUAUUUUCCCAGAGGUUAAGAACAUUUUCACUGGGUCCUCUAUUAAGAGUGAAAAUUCUUCUGAAGUGGUUCCUGCUUCUGCUGUUGCUGAUGCUGCAACUUCACCUACAUUAAUAAAAACAGAUUGAUGGUUGAGAUGAUUGGUUGGUUGGUCUGUUGGUUGGUUGGUUUUGGUUUUGAUUUUGUUUAUGGUUUGAUUUUGUCUGUAGUUUGCUGGUUAGUAGAUAGAUUAAAUAGCCUAAUUGUUUUGGUCGGCUUGUUUUCAGUU